AUGUACAGCUUCAAUACUCUUCGACUCUACCUUUGGGAGACCAUUGUAUUCUUCAGCCUUGCUGCUUCUAAGGAGGCUGAAGCUGCCCGCUCUGCGCCCAAGCCAAUGUCACCCUCGGAUUUCCUGGAUAAGCUGAUGGGCAGGACUUCUGGAUAUGAUGCCAGGAUCAGGCCCAAUUUUAAAGGUCCUCCCGUGAACGUGAGCUGCAACAUUUUCAUCAACAGCUUCGGAUCUAUUGCUGAGACGACCAUGGACUAUAGGGUCAACAUCUUUCUGCGGCAACAGUGGAACGACCCCCGUCUGGCCUAUAAUGAAUACCCCGAUGACUCUCUGGACCUGGACCCAUCCAUGCUGGAUUCCAUCUGGAAACCUGACCUGUUCUUUGCCAACGAGAAGGGGGCCCACUUCCACGAGAUCACCACAGACAACAAACUGCUGAGAAUCUCCCGGAAUGGCAAUGUCCUCUACAGCAUCAGAAUCACUCUGACACUGGCCUGCCCCAUGGACUUGAAGAAUUUCCCCAUGGAUGUCCAGACCUGUAUCAUGCAACUGGAAAGCUUUGGAUACACCAUGAAUGACCUCAUCUUUGAGUGGCAGGAGCAAGGAGCUGUACAGGUGGCAGAUGGACUAACCCUGCCCCAGUUUAUCCUGAAGGAAGAGAAGGACCUGAGAUAUUGCACCAAGCAUUACAACACAGGUAAAUUCACCUGUAUUGAGGCACGGUUCCACCUGGAGCGGCAGAUGGGCUAUUAUCUGAUCCAGAUGUAUAUUCCGAGCCUGCUCAUCGUCAUCCUCUCAUGGAUUUCCUUUUGGAUAAACAUGGAUGCAGCACCAGCCCGUGUGGGCCUGGGCAUCACCACUGUGCUCACCAUGACCACUCAGAGCUCUGGCUCCAGAGCAUCCCUGCCCAAGGUAUCCUACGUGAAAGCCAUUGACAUUUGGAUGGCAGUUUGCCUGCUUUUCGUUUUCUCAGCCCUGCUAGAGUACGCCGCUGUCAACUUUGUGUCUCGGCAACACAAAGAGCUGCUCCGAUUCAGGAGGAAGCGGAGACAUCACAAGAGCCCCAUGUUGAAUCUGUUCCAGGAGGAUGAGGCAGGAGAGGGCCGCUUCAACUUUGCCUAUGGCAUGGGCCCAGCCUGUCUGCAGGGCAAGGAUGGCAUUUCAGUCAAAGGCGCCAACAACAACAACACCACCAAUCCGCCUCCCGCACCAUCCAAGUCCCCGGAGGAGAUGCGAAAACUCUUCAUCCAGAGGGCCAAGAAGAUCGACAAAAUAUCCCGCAUUGGCUUCCCCAUGGCCUUCCUCAUCUUCAACAUGUUCUAUUGGAUCAUCUACAAGAUUGUCCGCAGAGAGGACGUCCACAACCAGUGA